GUGUAUGUGUGUGUGAGAGAGAGAGUGAAAUAGAGGGAGGGAGAGAGAAGGAAAGAGAGAGGCGGUGAGAGAGAAUUAUUACUCACUAAGCACACGGCCAAACUCAGCUCAGUGUGCAUACGCGCACGCAAACACACAUACACACACACAUACACACACACACGCAUACACACACUCACGCACAUACACACACACUCACACACACACACAAAGGACACAGAAGUGAAGAGACCCAAGGGGUUUCAAGCGACACUGCUGGCGAUGGCUCAGGGUUGUGACAGCAAUGAAACAAGGUACAACAAGUCCCCAUCGCCGGGCAAAAAGCAGGAUCCUUCGGAUGAUGUGAAGAAGGUGCUGAGGCGUGAGAAGAACCGCAUCGCAGCCCAGAGAAGCCGCAUGAGACAGAUGCAGAAGGCCGACAGCCUACACCUGGAGAGUGAGAACUUGGAGAAAGAGAAUGCAGCCCUGAGGAAGGAGGUGAAGAGGCUUUCAGAAGAAGCCAAGUACCUGACGACCGUGCUUAACAACCAUGAAGCACAGUGCUCUGGCCUGGGGCCUCAGUCCUCCGACAUCCUCUACACCCCACACCACGGGGUCUACCAUCAGUCGCACAUGACCUCACCACGCUACCAACACUGACCACAAUAGCAGAAGAGUGCUGGAGCAUCUCCAAGAACUGGCCUGACAGAAAGCAGGUAACUGGGAAUGCAAAUGCUUUUGACCGAAACUAACUGCUGUCUUUGAAGAAUCCUUGACGACAGCUGACCAAGUUCCUAAACUGAUGUACUAAGCGGACCAUAUCUCAGAAAGCAAUGUCAAAAUGACCUGUUACACCACUGUUGGGCAGUUCAGUUCUGAUGCUAAAUAUAACAGGUAUUUGUACAUUUGUAGAAAAGCAGAUGGACUACUUAUCAAACCGCAAAAAUCCUUACAACAUUUUUUUUUGGUUAAUUUUCCUGUUUAUACAGGAACCAUUAUUUGUGGAAUAAGAUAUUGUUUUUCAAAGUACAACAUACUUUAUGAAUUAAUGUUGAUUCUGAAUGUAUUUGUGUCAAUAUUCCUGCUAGUUCUGAUAAGGUGCACUUUACAUUGAAAGUGUUAGAUUUAAUUAUCUAGUUUUUUGUUAUGAGUCUUAAUAUAUAGCAUUUCAAUUUAUUUAAUUUAAAAAAGUGAUCCUGUGGGAAUUAUGAGAACUGCAUUUAGUGUUAGUUAGUUGUGAGUUUUCACUCAUUUCCAGUGUGUUUUCUAUUAUCGUUUAAAAUGUUUUAUUUUAUUGAGUCACUGCUUGACAUAUUGUUUUGAUUGUUUCUAUGUUAAUUGUGCAAGGUGAUAAUGACAGGGGAAAUUGAGAUUUGACACAAUACCUCAGGAUUAAGCACAAAUUAAAUGGAUUGCAUUUAUAUAGCGCUUUUAUCCAAAGCGCUUUACAGUUGAUGCCUCUCAUUCUCCCAGGCACCAAGCAGCUCAUCAUUUUCCAGAAAGUGAGCAAAAUCACUAUUUGGGAUUUAGAGUAAGAAUAAUAUGACCUCGAACAUAUAAUAUUUAUUUGUUGGGGUUAUCAGUGCCACAUGAGGUUAAAACACCAGCAUAAGCGUGGGUGUUUAAGAUAUGAGAGUAGGAGUUGGCAAACCCUUUUCAGGAGUGACAGAGUUCCUACUAAAGCUGUGCUUUUUUCUUUCUUGCUUUUUUGACUGCACUGAAGAAGGAAAUAGUAUUUUUGCCAAACAGUUUAUUCAGUUGAUUAUCUCGUAUAACCCUUUAGCAAAUGUGACUGUUGAUUUUGCAAAACGAUGUCAGUUCAUCAAGGCCAACUUAUCACUGUCCUCUCAAUAUUAUGAUGGCACAGUCAUCCCAUCUAAUCAAGCAGUCCAAAGCUUAUUGGAAACAAUACUGUGAUACCGUGGCAUCCACUUCAGGCCUGCAAGACAUUUAGAAACACCAUGAAGACUCAUUGGUCAUUUUACAGUUAGCAGCUGACUGACUCCUGGAACAUUCAUUCAAUGUCUAAUCAAAUCAUUGGGUCCAAACAAAUGAUUUAGACUUGAAUUGGGUCACAGUACAGAAUCCAAUUUUUUCUCACUGUGGUUGCUCGUUAAUGAAAGUGUCAACGCUGGUGCACCAGGAGGCGCUGUUUUCUUAGCAACUGGUUUUCAAUACCUUAUUCUGCUCAAUAUGAUUUAGGAAUGUAUUUUCAAAACCAUCAUAAUAAUGAGGAUGCUUAAUUGUAAUCCCACUGUAUUUGGUAUUUUGAUUGUUGAUUGUUAUAACAUGACUUCUUGAAUGUAGUAAGUUGUUACAACUUGGCACUGCCGCUUGUGCUGUACUCUUGGAAAUAAAGUAAACUAUGUGUCUUUUU